GGGUGCAUCAUGAAAAACAACAAACCACCCUUAUAUAAUAACACUUACUUGGUCACAUUCUGUUCCGAUUCACCUUUCUCUCUCACAUAUGGAACUCCUCUCUUACACAUUCUUCCUCUUUUUCCUCAUCGCCGGAGAAGAGGUAUGUGCGAAUGCACAGGAUCGGCGUAUGAAGACACUGACUCAUCAUCAUCAUACAUACGGCCGGUUUAGACCAACGAAGCUUUUUGUGUUCGGCGAUUCGUAUGCGGAUACCGGAAACAACCCCAUGUCCUUGGCUAGCUCUUGGAAAGCCCCUUAUGGUGCCACUUUCCCUGGAAAGCCUGCCGGAAGAUACUCCGAUGGCCGUGUGCUCACCGAUUACCUCGCCAGGUUUAUGGGGAUCAAGUCUCCAUUACCAUAUAAAUUCCGAAAAUACGGGCCAGGCAAGUUGCGGUGUGGACUCAACUUCGCAUAUGGUGGAACUGGGGUGUUUGACACCGGCAACUUGCUGCCAAACAUGACCACCCAAAUUGGGUUACUUCAAAGGCUAAUUAAAGACAAGGUCUACACAAAACGGGAUUUAAAAGCGUCUUUGGCUCUUUUCACGGUCUCUGGCAAUGACUAUGACGCUUACACUUCUAACGGUGGCACAGAGGAGGGUCUGCCUGCAUUCAUUACAAAUGUUGUCAAUCAAAUGGCAAUAGAUUUGAAGCGAGUCCAUCAUAUUGGCAUACGACGAGUGUUGGUAACUACCCUACAGCCGAUAGGAUGCCUCCCGAGACAAACCGUGUAUUCAUCAUACAAACAAUGCAACGAAACCGAGAAUACAGCAUCCGAAUACCAUAACCAGUUGUUGCAGGAAGUUGUGGCGACACUAAACAAUAACACCAAAGAGUCUAGCUUUAUCAUUCUUGAUACUUUUAGCGCGUUCAAAACCGUGUUAGAUAGCAAAACAGUACUUACAGGGAACUCGAAGUUUUCAUUGAAGCCAUGUUGUGAACCCACACGCAUCGAUGCUAACUGUGGAAGUUUGGAUAAAAAUGGAAAGGAGUUGUAUACGGUUUGUAAUGAACCAGAGUCCAUGUUCUUCUGGGACACGGUUCACCCAACACAAGCCGGGUGGCGUGCUGUGUAUUUAACUCUUCGAUCUUCUUUGAACAGUAUUAACGCCUAGGUUCUUUGUCGUUUAUUUCUUUUGUGUUUUUAUGGCCUUGUGUAGCUGUUUGUGGGUCCCUGUGGGACCGUAGGUGUCGUUAAAUUUAUAUGUUAUGUUAGAAAAUGAAAUAAAAGAGCAGGAGUUUCCAUUGUUUACA